UUCCCCUUUCUAAGAAGAUCGAAUACAUCCCAAGACUUAGUAACUUUCUCUCUCUUAACCAACAAUACCAAAUUACGUCUCUCUCUUCCAAAGAAUAGUAUGCGAACGUCUCUCUCUAAAUAAAUACUCUGAUUUCAAAGCUAAAACUUACAACAACACCCACAAAACUUCUCUCUCUUAUCUCGUCUACUUGAUCUCUCUACUCUCUUUCCUCUCUAGCUACUUCUCUCCCUUACGUCUCCAAGGAGAUAGAUUGACAAAUUCUGUUCACAAAGGAAAAAAGUUCCUCUGCAUACGUCUCUCUCUCUAUGUUCUUCAUUUAUAUGACUUGAAUAACAAGUAAAGGAUGAGGCAGAAUCUGAAAAAAGUAGCACAGAUCAAAGUAGACGAAUCUAAGAAGCUAUUUCCUUAUGUCUUCCGGGUUAAAACUUCUUGUGGGAAUUGCGCUAAGAGAUCGAAGCCUAAGCUUAUCUAUCUUCUUAUCUUCUCUCUUAUCUCAAGUUGCUUUGUCUUUGCUCCUCAGCUCCUCUGUUUCCCUUACCCCUCUGCUCUGUUUCUCAUCGAUUCUUCAAUUAAAGAGAUUGAAAAUCGGGUUUCCGAAAGCAAUAUAGAAUCACCUAAGACGUCACAAAAAGAAGAGAGCAUAUCUUGUGACAGAACCGGCUAUCGUUCAGACAUCUGUUUCAUGAAAGGCGAUAUCAGAACACACUCUCCUUCCUCCUCCAUCUUUCUCUACACCUCGAAUGAUCUCACCACCGAUCAGGUCUUGCAAGAAAAAAUCAAACCAUACACCAGAAAAUGGGAAACUAGUAUAAUGGAAACCAUCCCUGAGCUCAAACUUGUGACAAAAGAUAUGAAGCUUUUUGGCGACAAGCGUAAAUGCGAAGUGAUCCAUGAAGUACCGGCCGUGCUAUUCUCUACCGGAGGAUAUACCGGAAACCUCUAUCAUGAGUUCAACGACGGGCUUAUUCCUUUGUAUAUAACAUCUAAACGUUUCAACAAAAAGGUUGUCUUUGUGAUUGCUGAGUAUCACAAGUGGUGGGAGAUGAAGUAUGGAGAUGUUCUCUCUCAGCUCUCUGAUUACUCUCUUAUCGACUUCAACAAAGACAAGAGAACUCACUGCUUCAAGGAAGCUAUUGUUGGUCUUAGAAUCCAUGGUGAGUUAACCGUCGAUCCUUCUCAGAUGCAAGAUGAUGGAACAACCAUCAAUGAGUUCAGAAAUGUACUUGAUCGAGCUUAUAGACCACGAAUCAACAGACUGGACAGGCUAGAGGAGCAACGAUUCCACGCAAGACUAGCACAGAGAAGAAAGGCUAAGAGGCCAAAACUAGCGUUGUUUUCAAGAACCGGGUCUCGAGGGAUAACAAACGAGGACCUGAUGGUGAAAAUGGCUCAGAGGAUCGGGUUUGACAUCGAGGUUUUGAGACCUGACAGAACAACGGAACUGGCAAAGAUUUACAGAGUGUUAAACUCAAGCAAAGUCAUGGUUGGGGUACAUGGAGCAGCCAUGACCCAUUUUCUGUUCAUGAAACCUGGAAGUAUCUUUAUUCAGAUCAUUCCACUGGGAACAGAUUGGGCAGCAGAGACAUAUUAUGGAGAACCGGCAAAGAAGCUCGGUCUAGACUACAAUGGUUAUAAGAUUCUUCCAAGAGAGAGCUCAUUGUAUGAAAAAUAUGAUAAAGAUGAUCCAAUUCUAAAAGAUCCAAACAGCAUCACUAAGAAAGGAUGGCAAUUCACAAAGGGGAUAUACCUGAACGACCAGAAAGUGAGGUUAGAUCUCCAUAGAUUCAAGAAGCUUUUGAUUGAUGCGUAUGCAAAAUCGAUUAGGUGACCUGAAAUGAGUUUUGAGAGUUCUUUUUAUUGUUGCUGUAUAGUCUGCAUAAACUACAGAAAUUACAGAGUUCUUUUUGUAAAGAUUUAAAUGAAACCAUAAAUGAAUUCAAUGUUUCAGAGACACU